AUGAAAAAUGCAUCAUGUAGAAUCGGAAAUGAUGAUAAUGCGAAAGAGUUUCAAAUUUACAAUAGACAUCUCGUUAAUAAGUCUUUACAUGCAUUGGUUCAGUCAAGAGAUAAAGAGUGUGUUCGAACUUUUGGGUUUCGUCGACCAGUUCCCGUGCACACUCUCGGUCUUGAUACUGAUGAAGUUGGUGAAUUAUCAGCUUAUCUAAGACUCAACUUUCCCAGUUAUCCUUUCUUACCGGAAAUAUUAAACAUUGACUUCAUUCUGCACACGUGUGACAGCUAUGAUCUCCCUCUUGAAUCAUGGCAUUUCGAAGUGAAAUAUUCUGAUGAACUGGGAGCAUUAAAAACACAUACACUCAUGCUUAUGGAUAUGAGCACAUUAUUGAAAUCGAUAAUAUCUGCCGCUCGCUCAACUCCGGCUUUUCGUUACUAUGUAAAAAGCCAAUCAGAUGAUACAUAUGUAAUUACUUAUCGAGUAUAUGAAGGUGAGCAAAAUAUUGAUCUGGGUAUAGGCUUCAAAACUAUAUUGGUUGGAAUGGUAAAGACAAAAUAUGGUUCCACGACUGUUAAAUUAGACUAUCGCACAAAAAUGGAAUAUGAACCAUCAAUGAAAGCUCCAUUACUCAUCCAUCAUUGUGUACCGAUUCCUUAUCCAUUCAUUGAUACCAUGACAUCGAAAUCGGAAUCAGAUGUUAUAUCAACAGAAUCAUUUGGUAGCUGUUUUUGUUUGCGAAGCAAAAAGUUCUCUAGCCUCAAAAGAAAGUUACCAGGAACAGUGAAUACCUCUCCACAUUUCAGUGAGCAGACUCAGAGUCAUACAAAAUUGUUAUCAAAUUCUUAUUAUGGAAAUAUUGAGAAAGCUGUUAGUAAGAGUGUUAUUGUUGUUUCUCCGCGUCAGUCAUUUCUUUCAGUUACAUCACCAUUGAACAUUGAGAAAGGUAGGUUCUCGUGCUAUCUAAAGGAGUCUGAAAGAGAAUUUUAUUUUGAAAUUUGUAAUUUCGCUGGUCUUUGUCAGCAAGCAUUAGAUGAAAGCAUCAAUUUUCCUGCCGACUGUUUUGAAUCUCUGUCAAAACAGUUACAGUACUUCGUAGUAAUGAAGGAAAAAUUCGAUCGUUUCAUUGCUGAAGUGAAUUUGGUUAAGAAUUUUGGCUAA